AUGAAUGGCACCUUGAGGAUUUCUGAGGCUGGUCUAUGCACCAACCACCUCAUGGCAGCUUUCAACCUCACUCCUGCUGACCCUUCAACAUUCAUCCUAAUAGGCAUCCCUGGCCUGGAAGCUGCUCAUAUCUGGGUUUCCAUCCCAUUCUCCGUGUUCUAUAUUAUGGGCCUGUUGGGAAAUUUUAUGUUUCUGUUUGUGGUAGGCAAAGAGCAGACCCUGCACAAGCCGAUGUACCUGCUGAUCUGCAUGCUGGCGCUCACCGACAUUGGCAUGUCCACCUGCGUCGUGCCUAAAGCUUUAUGUAUAUUUUGGUUCAAUUUGAGAGACAUUACCCUGGUUGGCUGCUUCACCCAGACAUUCUUCCUUUACAUGAUUUCUGUUAUGUCCUCAGCAGUCCUUGUCACGAUGGCUUUUGAUCGCUAUGUUGCUAUAUGUAACCCUCUGAGAUACACCACCAUCCUUACCAAUGCACGAAUCGCUAAGCUUGGAUUUGUGGGUUUGAUGAGAGCUGUUCUCUUCAUUCUGCCGGAGCCUGUACUCCUGAGCAGGCUGCCGUUCUGUGCCAAUCAAAUGAUCCCAAACACAUACUGCGACCACAUAACUGUGGCAAAAAUAUCAUGUGGGGACAUCACAUUCAACAAGAUAUAUGGCCUGUUGAUAGCAUUUGUAGUUAUUGGCUUUGAUCUGACGCUCAUUGCCCUGUCCUACAGUCUGAUCAUCAGGGCCGUCCUCAGAAUUUCCUCCAAGAAAGCUCAUCCGAAAGCCCUCAACACCUGCACAGCCCAUAUCUGUGUGAUUCUGAUUUCUUAUAGUUCCUGCCUCUUCUCCAGUCUUACACAGCGGUUCGGUCAGGGCAUCACUCUCCAUGUUCACGUCAUCUUGGCUAACGUCUAUGUCAUCAUCCCCCCCAUGCUCAACCCAAUCAUUUAUGGGGUCAAAAUCAAAGAAUUUCGUGAGAAAGUGGGCAAAUACACCUGCAGAAUCUGA